AUAAAGGUUUAGAUAAGAGAAAAGUGCUUAAAGCCAAAAGCCAAAAAGCAUAUCCAAACAAACAGUUGUUAAAAGGAUGAGCCUGCCAACUUAGUCCACUGCAGUCCUCCCAACAAUGGCUUCUCUUCUUUCUUUCUCUCUUCCAAAACCAAUCAUAAUCAAAGCUGCUUCAGCAACUACUACUAUAACUACCCUUCCGAUUCCAGAGGCUCUUGAUGAAAAAUUUGGUCGUAAAGGCAUCAAAUUCCUGGAGUCCAACAACGUUCCAUUUGUUGAGCUGACAGUAAGAAAUGGAAGCUCGCUGAGACUGAGAAUACCUGAUGCUCAUGUCACUUCAUACAAGCCUAAAGUUUAUUGGAAAGAUGACGGCUUCGAGGAGAUUCUUUAUACUGUUCCUGCUGGUGGACCAGACUCUACCAAGGCCAAAGGAGGGAUUGGUUUGGUUAUCAAUGAUGCAUCUGAAAAAACUUCGAAAGGGUCUUGUCUUUCUGGUUCUGAGUGGACUGUAAGGGAUGCUGAUAAUGAUGCCAUUGAUGCUCUUCAGGUUGAGUUGAGCUGUACAGCUGGAACUCUAGAUAUAAGUUAUGUUGUCUCCCUUUAUCCAUUAAGCAUAGCAACAGCAGUCAUAGUAAAGAACAAUGGCCGCAAAGAUGUAACUUUAACUAGUGCCAUACUUAGCCAUUUGAACUUUAAGAAUAGAGGGGGCACAGCAAUUAAUGGACUCCAAGGCUGUUCUUAUUGCUCACAUCCACCUUUAUCUUCGCCUUUUGAACUCCUAUCCCCGUCUGAAGCAAUGAAAUCUGAAUCUUCCGGAUGGUUUGGUUCUGGGAGUGAAGGGAAACCAGGUGUAUGGACUAAACAAGAUGUACCAUUCACCAUCUUGAAGAACAAGCUCAGUAGAGUAUAUGCUACUCCUCCAUCAGAGAGGCUAAGGGCAAUUUAUAACACCCCACCUUCAAAAUAUGAAACUCUUGAUCAGGGCCGAGAACUGUUCUUUAGGGUAAUACGAAUGGGAUUUGAAGAUAUAUACUUGUCCAGCCCGGGUUCCUUAUCUGAGAAGUAUGGGAAGGAUUAUUUCAUCUGUACCGGUCCGGCUUCGAUGCUGGUGCCUGUGGUAGUGAAACCUGGUGAAAAAUGGAGAGGAGCACAAGUUAUUGAACAUGACAACUUGUAAUUAUGUAUUCCACUAACAGAAAUACAUAUAUUUUUUUGGUUUCUUUUUCAAUUUAUCAUGAGAAAUAUUGGUUUUAGAAAUCAUUAAUGUUACUGCAGUUCAUUAACUCAUUGAGUGUGAUUUAUGCUUGUAAUAACAAAG